GGUGUAGGGGGAAGCGGCGUGACUGGAGUGGAAAUUUUCCCCGACACAACUUCUCAGAGGCAACCUACUGGAAGGGACCCAAGACGUCCGGAGGACAAAUGAAAGCGGCCGAAAGGAACUUGUCUCCCUGCGGACUCUGAGCCCCGCGCCCUGCCGCGAGCCCUCAUUACCUCAUCGCCUGCUGCUCUUGAGUCGGAAGAGACACUAGAAGUCACCCAAAGCAGCUGCCCCUGUCCAGCUUCUGGCGAGUGACAGAACUUUCUUCACAAUCCAAAAGAAAAAGAUUUGUUCGGGAUGUUUGACGGCUAUGACAGCUGCAGUGAGGACACAAGUAGCAGCUCCAGCUCUGAGGAGAGUGAAGAAGAAGUUGCUCCUUUACCUUCCAACCUCCCAAUUAUCAAAAAUAAUGGACAAGUCUACACAUACCCAGAUGGUAAAUCUGGCAUGGCCACCUGCGAGAUGUGUGGGAUGGUCGGUGUACGAGAUGCUUUUUACUCUAAAACGAAACGUUUCUGCAGUGUUUCUUGUUCAAGAAGUUACUCGUCCAACUCUAAGAAGGCAAGCAUUCUGGCCAGACUUCAGGUAACGGGUAAGCCUCCAACAAAGAAAGCAAAAGUCCUUCAAAAACAACCUUUAGUUGCAAAAUUAGCUGCCUAUGCUCAGUAUCAAGCUACCUUGCAAAAUCAAGCAAAGACAAAAGCAGCAGUCUCCGUAGAAGGCUUCAGCUGGGGUAACUACAUCAACAGCAAUAGCUUCAUAGCAGCUCCAGUAGCCUGUUUUAAACAUGCACCUAUGGGGACCUGCUGGGGUGAUAUCUCAGAAAAUGUAAGGAUAGAAGUUCCCAAUACAGACUGCAGUCUACCUACCAAAGUCUUCUGGAUUGCUGGAAUUAUAAAAUUAGCAGGUUAUAAUGCUCUUUUGAGAUAUGAAGGAUUUGAAAAUGAUUCUUCUCUGGACUUCUGGUGCAAUAUAUGUGGGUCUGAUAUUCAUCCAGUUGGUUGGUGUGCAGCCAGUGGAAAACCUCUCGUUCCUCCUAGAACUGUUCAACAUAAAUAUACAAACUGGAAAGCUUUUCUAGUAAAAAGACUUACUGGUGCCAAAACACUUCCUCCUGAUUUCUCACAAAAGGUUUCAGAAAGUAUGCAGUAUCCUUUCAAACCUUGCAUGAGAGUAGAAGUAGUUGACAAGAGGCAUUUAUGUCGAACAAGAGUAGCAGUGGUGGAGAGUGUAAUUGGAGGAAGACUAAGGUUAGUGUAUGAAGAGAGUGAAGAUAGAACGGAUGACUUCUGGUGCCACAUGCACAGCCCCUUAAUCCACCAUAUCGGAUGGUCUCGAAGCAUAGGCCAUCGAUUCAAAAGAUCUGAUAUUACAAAGAAACAAGACGGACAUUUUGAUACACCACCACACUUAUUUGCUAAGGUAAAAGAAGUAGACCAGAGUGGAGAAUGGUUCAAAGAAGGAAUGAAAUUGGAAGCUAUAGACCCAUUAAAUCUUUCUACAAUAUGUGUUGCAACCAUUAGAAAGGUGCUGGCGGAUGGAUUCCUGAUGAUUGGGAUUGAUGGCUCAGAAGCAGCAGAUGGAUCUGACUGGUUCUGUUAUCAUGCAACCUCUCCUUCUAUUUUCCCUGUGGGUUUCUGUGAAAUUAACAUGAUAGAACUGACUCCACCCAGAGGUUACACAAAACUUCCUUUUAAAUGGUUUGACUACCUCAGGGAAACCGGCUCCAUUGCAGCACCAGUAAAACUAUUUAAUAAGGAUGUUCCAAAUCACGGAUUCCGUGUAGGAAUGAAAUUAGAAGCUGUAGAUCUCAUGGAGCCACGUUUAAUAUGUGUAGCCACAGUUACUCGAAUUAUUCAUCGUCUCUUGAGAAUACAUUUUGAUGGAUGGGAAGAAGAGUAUGAUCAGUGGGUAGACUGUGAGUCCCCUGACCUCUAUCCUGUAGGGUGGUGUCAGUUAACUGGAUAUCAACUACAGCCUCCAGCAUCACAGUCGUCAAGAGAAAGCCAGUCAGCUUCAUCAAAACAGAAGAAAAAGGCUAAGUCUCAGCAAUACAAAGGACAUAAGAAAAAAAGGAAGAUGCCAGUUGGGAAGAAGCCUGUCAGUUUGUCGAGCCUGCCCAUGACAGGUGGGGUGCGGAGGAGCUUCUCUGGGGACGAAGAGUUGACUCCUCCUCCAUAUCGAACCCUGCCAGCACAGACAGCCCCGGAGGCCUUCCCACCUCCCAGCACUAGCCGAGAGUUCAGGCCCAGCCUCAAAACAGGUAACUAGUCACAGCA